AUGGAGACCAGCGCAAGCACGAAGAACCCCGAGGACACGCAAAGCAACAACGACGACAAGGACACGAACAAGUACGCAGAGCAGAGGGAAGAAAACCACGACGCUAUGAAGGAGAGUGACACCACCACGCUGGAGGAGGAAAAGGUCUUGAAGUAUCAAAAGAACCAAUUCGGGAUCAGACUGUACGAUAACGACCUGAAGUACAGUGACGACAUUCAGACGAUCAUAAAAAAAGUGAUUAACGAUAAGAAUGUCCAUUUUUUUAAAAAGUACUCCUCCUUCCUCCUGUACCUGAGCAACGAAGUGGAGUACAUCGACAUUGAUGAUCGGAGCAAGCUACUGAAGAAGGAAGCCAAUGAUGAAAACACCAAGGUGUUUUUUAAAAUUCAGCUGACUCCACAAAAUAUGAGCAUUAUUUAUAACAUCCUAGACAAAAAAAUGAUAGAAAAAAUUCUAUCCCUAUGUGAAAAUAAAUACAAAAAGAGCAAAACGUCCAUCGGGUAUGCAACAGAUAAACAGGAGAAUUACAAAAUAACCGAUUCGUCUAAUAGAACAAGCUCCACAGUCUUCCUAUACACCAUUAGGAACCGCUCAAUGAUUGAGCAAAACCAAGUGGACAACGAAAGCUCCAUCGUCUACACAAAGGAUGAAAGUAUUAUGGACCUAGAAAACACCAUCUGCAAUUUGGUCAAAAUACCCCUAUGCUACUUGGAACCCCUAGCCAUUGUAAAAUAUGAGAAAAAUAACUAUUUCAAUGUGCACCAUGAUGGGACCUUUAGGAGGGCUACUCUCUUAAUAUACCUCAACGACGUAGACCAAGAUGGGGAAACCAUUUUCCCUCAUUAUAAUUUAUCCAUCAAGCCCAUUCAAGGGUCCGGUAUUUUCUGGUACAACAACAUCCCCGUGGAGGAGGAGUACGCCAUUACCUACUGCGUAAACAAAAUGAACGAAAUUUACGAGCAGGAAAGAUUUAAGUCGGCUCAAAAUGUGGAAGGUGUGAAUCCCUCCGCUGGGCAAUCUGCACCAUCCGCAUCAACCGCAUCAGCCGCAGCACCCACACCGCCAAUCGCACCUGCUCAAUUACACCCCAUGGAAGAAAACCAGAGUGCCGCCUGCCCCUCGUCCAAAUGUACCUCCACCUCGGCAAACCUCAUCACCACAAAUCUGAACACAACAAAUUUGAGCUCAUCCGGAGAUGAACUCUCCACUACGUACAAAAAUCCGAUCAACAAAACAGUGGACCUAAUCAAUUUCUUGAAGGACAAAUCUAACUUAGAAAAAUAUUCCAUCGAUAUUAUAAAUGACGAACUGGGAAACAUGUACAUCGCCGACAUGACUAUGCUGCAUAAGGCCAACAAAGUUUCAGAUGAAUAUAAAUAUGUGAUCAAUUGUUUUUUUAAUAUUAACAUAGUUAGGAAUGUAUAA